ACCCUCUUUUUAACAGCAGUCACAUUAAAGCCGGCAAGAUGUCUGAGCAGACUGAGAGAGCCUAUCAAAAACAAGGUCCCAUCUUUCAAAAUAAAAAGAGGGUAGUUGGUAAGGCAGCCAAAACCAAAGAACAGCGCUUCACCAAAUCAGUUGGCUUGGGAUUCAAAACACCCAGAGAGGCAAUAGAAGGAACCUACAUUGACAAAAAAUGUCCAUUUACUGGAAACGUGAGCAUUCGUGGACGUAUUCUGACUGGCGUUGUACGUAGCACAAAAAUGAAGAGAACAAUCGUCAUUCGACGUGAUUACUUACAUUACAUUAAAAAAUACCAAAGAUAUGAAAAACGACACAAAAAUUUAUCUGCUCAUAUGUCGCCGUGUUUUCGUGAUGUAAGCUUAGGUGAUUUGGUGACCGUUGGACAAUGUCGACCUCUGAGUAAAACAGUGCGAUUCAACGUCUUAAAGGUAGCCAAAUCAAACGCUGCGAAGAAAAGUUUUGAGAAAUUUUAAAGUUAAAUGACAACAAUGUGCUCA